AUGGAGCGUGAGGACGAACCUGUAGCUGUACUCGACCCCGAGUGUCGCCCCUCGUCCGCCCAUGAGGACGACCCCGACCUCAAACUAAAAAUGGAGGGAACGGAUACCAUAGCAGAAGUUCCUGCAGCUGUCGCAGAAAAUGCAAAUGCAAGUCUUGCAAACGAUGCCGUCGUCGCAGAUCAUUUGGCGACUGAUGAGGCGAGUGCUCUCCAAGGCUUGACGGAGAACGUCCGGGAUCAAGAUGACCUAGAACGAGACAUUACAAACCAAGCCAACUUGGCGAUGAUUGAGCAGGAGGACGAGCGGGAUCAGAAACGAAUCGACAAGGUUAAUAACAAUAUCGACAAGCUGGACGGAAAGUUGCGGAUCCAAAAGCGACGCCUACAAACACUAGAGAACAACCCUCUCAUGCAUCGAAGAUGCCUAGAGGAAAUCGAUCGCAUUGAGGCGGAAAUCAAGGGUUUCAAGAAAGAUAUAACCGACAUACAAAAGCGUAUCGAUGAGAGACACCAAUAUGGCGACGCUAGAGAUAGUCAAGCGGAUGCUGCUGGUGGCAACCAAAGAAUGCCAAAUGAAACCCAAAGAGAUUUCCUCAUUCGGACCGGAAAGAUCACACCCUUUGCUCGCAUUCCUACGAGAAUUUCGGAAGCUUUGCCUGGCAAUCUUACUGAUGUGUUGAUAGAUGCCGAGGAAGAGGUAGAAGAAGAGGAGCAAUUAGUAGCUGAAGGGCGGGAAGCCGAGCCCAGAUCCCAUCAAAACCUGCGAUUGCCUGGUUUUGCCGAUGUUCCUGAGAGCGGUACCAGCACUCCUGAAAGCGAGUUCUCUCUUCGCCCUCGGAAAAAGAGGAGAUUAGGAGAUAGGUCUCUGGAAUCCCCACCACAGACUCGUGGAACUUUAUCCGACGAGGAGGCUGCCGAUAGCUUCGCCCCUGGAAUCUCGGAUGAUGAUAUCGAUGAUUUCAUUGAAGAGGAUGAGGAUGACAGUGCCAUGACCUCAGGUAUUUCGAGGAAGAGAGCUCGUGCCAAGGCUGGCGAUGAGCAGAAAGUAGACAUUUCUGGCAUCGAUGAUGGAAAUGAGCAAAUGUAUCAGGCAAGGCUAAAGAGGUGGGUUGAGAAGAGAAGCAUGGCACGGCGGCGCAGAUUACAGCAAAAUGAAGCUACCGAAGAAGAAAUUGCUGCUGAGAAUGCAGAUGAAGAAGAGUGGUUCAAACCAUGCCCGGACGCGCCAGACCAUCAUUUUGAUAAUGGCAUCACGCUCCCUGGAGACAUCUAUCCGGCCUUAUUCGACUACCAAAAAACCGGUGUUCAAUGGCUUGGAGAACUAUAUACUCAAGAGGUCGGUGGUAUCAUUGGUGAUGAGAUGGGGCUCGGGAAGACAAUCCAAAUCAUAUCAUUCCUAGCCGGCCUACAUUACAGCAAGAAAUUGACAAAGCCUAUCAUCGUUGUUGCUCCAGCCACCGUGCUUCGACAAUGGGUUAAUGAAUUCCAUCGAUGGUGGCCACCUCUACGAGUGUCAAUUCUCCACAGCUCCGGCAGUGGUAUGUUGAAUGUUGGGAGUGAAGGCCGAAUUGAAGAAAUCGAGGAGCUGUACGGCCACACGCAGAGAAAACCACCCAAGUCAUCAAAAGCCGCAAGGAAGGUUGUGGAUCGGGUCGUGCAACAUGGCCAUGUCCUCGUCACCACUUACGCUGGUCUGCAGACUUAUUCUGAUGAACUUAUUCCUGUAGACUGGGGAUACGCUGUGCUCGACGAAGGCCAUAAGAUCCGAAACCCAAACACUGCCAUCACCAUCCAUUGCAAGGAGCUGAGAACUGCGAAUCGAGUGAUCCUCUCUGGCACCCCCAUGCAGAAUAAUCUCAUUGAACUCUGGUCACUUUUCGACUUUGUUUUCCCUAUGCGGCUUGGCACCUUGGUCAAUUUCCGACAAGCAUUUGAAGUGCCUAUCCGACUGGGAGGCUAUGCCAAUGCUACUAAUUUGCAAGUGUUAACUGCUACCAAGUGUGCAGAGACACUUAAAAAUACUAUUAGUCCGUAUCUCCUGCAACGACUAAAGGUCGACGUUGCUUCGGAUCUUCCUAAAAAGAGCGAGCAGGUGCUAUUCUGUAAGCUCACGAAGCCUCAACGGGAUGCUUACGAGAUGUUUCUUUCGUCUGAUGAAAUGACUUCCAUCUUGAACCAUAAACGGCAGUCGCUGUACGGGAUCGAUAUCUUGCGUAAGAUCUGCAAUCACCCAGAUCUUCUCGACCCCCGGCUGAGAGGCAAACCUGGCUAUAAAUGGGGAAAUCCAAAUAAGUCAGGGAAAAUGCAGGUCGUGAAGGCUCUCUUGGAAACAUGGAAGCGUUUCGGCCACAAAACAUUGCUAUUCAGCCAAGGAGUCCUGAUGCUUAAUAUCAUCGAAGAGUUCAUCCGCAGCCAGGAUGGUUUCAACUAUCUGCGUAUGGAUGGUAGCACCAACAUCAAGGAGAGGCAAACUCUUGUGGACCGCUUCAACAACGACCCGGAUCUGCAUGUCUUCUUGCUUACCACAAAGGUGGGCGGUCUUGGUGUCAACCUCACUGGCGCCAGUCGUGUUAUAAUAUUUGAUCCAGAUUGGAAUCCGUCAACAGAUAUUCAGGCCCGGGAACGCGCCUGGCGAUUAGGGCAGAAAAAAGAGGUUACCAUCUACCGGUUGAUGACGGCUGGUACAAUCGAGGAGAAGAUAUACCAUCGACAGAUCUUCAAGCAAUUUCUGACAAACAAAAUCAUGAAAGACCCGAAGCAACGCCAGACAUUCCAAAUGAAGGACCUAUACGACCUAUUUACUCUCGGCAGUGCAGAAGAUGGUUAUACAGAGACAGGCGAAAUGUUCAAAGGUACUGAAGUUAACUUCAACAAUGUACCGGAGCGCGCAGCACUGGAAGAUUCUCCUGGCUCUGAAAACGCACAUGCAUCGUCCGCGACACCGAACGGAGUGGCUUCCGAAGCGGCUGCCGAGUUGAAUGUGAAAGCAGAACCAAUGCAGGGUGAUGCUGAAAAUGAAAUCCGAAACCUCAACGGUGUCUCUAGCCUUGAGGCGUUCCGGGGUGAUCCAUCCGAAGAAAAGCCAUCAUCUGACGAAGCCAGACUGAUGGAAGGAAUCUUUGCACGCUCAGGCGUCCACAGUGCUCUCGAACAUGACCAGAUCAUCAAUGGCAAACGGAAAGUAGCUGCUGAUCGCGGCAUGAUAGAGCGCGAGGCGAAGAAAGUAGCCGCGGAAGCAGCAACCGAACUUCGCAAAGCUGGAGAAGCCGCACGAAAUGUUGAGCCAGGCACGGUGACUUGGACAGGAGAAUUCGGCUCCGCAGGAAGACCAGUAAAUAUCCGCAGAGGCGCAGGACCCAGCUCAGCUGGUAUUCUUGCAUCGCUUGCUAAUCGACAGGGUCUUUCGAGUCCCCAUCCCGCAAGUUCAAGCAGUUCUCGCUCUGGAACUCCAGGUGCCGCCGACAGAGUACCCAGAGGAAAGGAUUUCAUGAAGCUCAUCCGAGAUUUCAUCAGGAGACAGGGUGGCUCCGUACCUAGCCAGGCACUCGUCAACCAUUUUGAUCGCAUGUGCAAGACGCCUGUGCAGACCCAGGAAUUCAAACAUAUGCUUGGCGAGAUUGCUAAGUUGGAGAAGGGUGGAAAUAGUAGAAUGAGGGGUAAAUGGGUUUUGAAGGAUGAAUUCAAGUGA